GCACGUGGCGCUCGGGCCCCGGCUGCAGGCGCACGCGCGCAGGGAUGCGCCACGUGCUGGGGCCCCACACGCGGGGAGGCUGCGCUCGGCGAGGGCGCGCGGUCCCACGGGAGGGGAGCCGGGCCCCGCGACCCACCCGCCGCGGGCCACUAGUCCCCUCCCAGCGCCCCGCGUAGCCGCGUCCCGCGCCCGGGCUCCCGGGCUGGCACCGCGAGGCGGCGCGCCGGUCGCCCAGGGCUGCCGAGGGGCGGGGCCGCCCGCAUUGUUCCUCCCCGAGCGGCGGGCCCUCCCCUUCCCCCAGACCCGGGCGGGGCGCGGGGCCGCCGGAGCCGCGGAACGUGGGCUCGCGCGCCCCGCCUUUGUCUCCCGGGCGCAAGCCGCCGCAGCCCCGGGCCCGCUGCUCGCUGCGGAGCCGUUUUGUGCCGCGGCGCGGGGGAACGGGGACGCGGGGCGGGGGGCGCGGAGCCGGCGGGCGCAGCCUCAGCAUGGACGUGACAGUCUCGGAGCUCCUGGAGCUCUUCCUGCAGAGCCCGCUGGUGACCUGGGUGAAAACUUUUGGCCCGUUUGGAAGCGGCAGCCAGGACAACCUGACUAUGUACAUGGAUUUAGUGGACGGCAUCUUUUUGAACCAAAUUAUGCUGCAAAUAGAUCCCAGGCCCACAAAUCAACGCAUCAAUAAGCACGUCAACAAUGAUGUGAACCUUCGCAUUCAGAAUUUGACCAUCUUGGUGAGAAACAUUAAGACCUACUACCAGGAAGUUCUCCAGCAGCUGAUUGUAAUGAAUUUGCCCAAUGUUUUGAUGAUUGGCAGAGACCCACUGUCUGGGAAGAGCAUGGAGGAAAUCAAGAAGGUGCUGCUGCUGGUGCUGGGCUGUGCCGUCCAGUGUGAGAGGAAAGAGGAGUUCAUUGAAAGAAUCAAACAGCUGGACAUUGAGACCCAGGCUGGCAUCGUGGCCCAUAUCCAGGAGGUGACUCACAACCAAGAGAACGUGUUUGACCUGCAGUGGCUGGAGCUGCCCGACGUGGCUCCGGAGGAGCUGGAGGCCCUGUCGAGGAGCAUGGUGCUCCACCUGCGGAGGCUCAUCGACCAGCGGGACGAGUGCACCGAGCUGAUCGUGGACCUCACUCAGGAACGGGACUACCUGCAGGCACAGCAUCCAGCCAGCCCCGUCAAGUCCUCCAGCGCCGACUCCACUCCCAGCCCCACCAGCAGCCUCUCUAGCGAAGACAAGCAGCACCUGGCCGUAGAGCUGGCCGACACCAAGGCCAGGCUGCGGCGCGUCAGGCAGGAGCUGGAGGAUAAGACAGAGCAGCUUGUGGACACCAGACACGAGGUGGACCAGCUGGUGCUGGAACUGCAGAAAGUUAAGCAGGAGAACAUCCAGCUAGCGGCAGACGCCCGGUCUGCUCGUGCCUAUCGAGACGAGCUGGAUUCCCUGCGGGAGAAGGCGAACCGCGUGGAGAGGCUGGAGCUGGAGCUGACCCGCUGCAAGGAGAAGCUGCACGACGUGGACUUCUACAAGGCCCGCAUGGAGGAGCUGAGAGAAGAUAAUAUCAUUUUAAUUGAAACCAAGGCCAUGCUGGAGGAACAGCUGACUGCUGCUCGGGCCCGGGGCGAUAAAGUCCAUGAGCUGGAAAAGGAGAACCUGCAGCUGAAAUCCAAGCUUCACGACCUGGAAUUGGACCGGGACACAGAUAAGAAACGAAUUGAGGAGCUGCUGGAAGAAAACAUGGUCCUUGAGAUUGCACAGAAGCAGAGCAUGAACGAAUCUGCCCACCUUGGCUGGGAGCUGGAGCAGCUGUCCAAGAACGCAGACUUGUCAGACGCCUCCAGGAAGUCGUUUGUGUUUGAGCUGAACGAAUGUGCGUCCAGCCGCAUCCUGAAGCUGGAGAAGGAGAAUCAGAGCCUCCAGAGCACCAUCCAGGGGCUGCGGGACGCGUCCCUGGUGCUGGAGGAGAGCGGCCUCAAGUGCGGGGAGCUGGAGAAGGAGAACCACCAGCUCAGCAAGAAGAUUGAAAAGUUACAAACCCAGCUGGAGAGAGAAAAGCAGAGCAACCAAGAUCUGGAGACCCUCAGUGAGGAGCUGAUCAGAGAGAAGGAGCAGCUGCAGAGUGACAUGGAGACCCUGAAGGCUGACAAAGCCAGGCAGAUCAAGGACCUUGAGCAGGAAAAGGACCACCUCAACCGAGCCAUGUGGUCGCUGCGGGAGAGGUCGCAGGUCAGCAGUGAGGCCCGCAUGAAAGACGUGGAGAAGGAGAACAAAGCCCUCCACCAGACGGUGACGGAGGCCAAUGGCAAGCUCAGCCAGUUGGAGUUUGAGAAGCGGCAGCUGCACAGGGACUUGGAGCAGGCCAAGGAGAAGGGGGAGCGGGCAGAGAAGCUGGAGAGGGAGCUGCAGCGACUCCAGGAGGAGAACGGGAGGCUGGCCAGGAAGGUGACCUCCCUGGAGACAGCCACCGAGAAAGUCGAGGCCCUGGAGCAUGAGAGCCAGGGCCUGCAGCUGGAGAACCGGACGCUGAGGAAGUCUCUGGACACCUUGCAGAACGUGUCCCUGCAGCUUGAGGGCCUGGAGCGUGACAACAAGCAGCUGGACGCAGAGAACCUGGAGCUGCGCAGGCUGGUGGAGACCAUGCGCUUUACCAGCACCAAGCUGGCACAGAUGGAGAGGGAGAACCAGCAGCUGGAGCGUGAGAAGGAGGAGCUGAGGAAGAACGUGGAGCUGCUCAAGGCGCUGGGCAAGAAGUCAGAGCGCCUGGAGCUCAGCUACCAGAGCGUGAGCGCUGAGAACCUCCGGCUGCAGCAGAGCCUGGAGAGCAGCAGCCACAAGACGCAGACCUUGGAGAGUGAGCUGGGCGAGCUGGAGGCCGAGCGCCAGGCGCUGCGGCGGGACCUGGAGGCCCUCCGGCUGGCCAAUGCACAGUUGGAGGGGGCCGAGAAGGACAGGAAGGCCCUGGAGCAGGAGGUGGCCCAGCUCGAGAAGGAUAAGAAGCUGCUGGAGAAGGAGGCCAAGCGGCUGUGGCAGCAGGUGGAGCUCAAGGAUGCAGUCUUGGACGAUAGCACUGCCAAACUGUCCGCUGUCGAGAAGGAGAGCCGCGCGCUGGACAAGGAGCUGGCCCGCUGCAGGGACGCAGCCGGCAAGCUGAAGGAGCUGGAGAAGGACAACCGGGACCUCACCAAGCAAGUCACCGUGCAUGCAAGGACACUGACAACUCUGAGGGAGGACCUGGUGCUCGAGAAGCUGAAGAGCCAGCAGCUCAGCAGUGAGCUGGACAAGCUGAGCCAGGAACUGGAGAAGGUCGGCCUCAACAGGGAGCUGCUGUUGCAGGAGGACGACAGCGGCAGUGACACAAAAUACAAGAUUUUGGAGGGCAGAAAUGAAUCAGCAUUAAAAACAACACUAGCCAUGAAAGAAGAAAAGAUUGUGCUCUUAGAAGCACAGAUGGAAGAGAAAGCGAGCCUAAAUCGCCAGUUAGAGAAUGAGCUGCAGAUGCUGAAGAAGGAGUGUGAGACCCUCAGGCAGAACCAGGGAAAGGGGCAGCACUUGCAGAACUCUUUCAAGCACCCUGCAGGGAAGACAGCUGCCAGUCACCAGGAGAAGGAGGCCUGGGGGCCCGGCCAUAAGGAAGCCACCAUGGAGCUUCUCCGAGUGAAGGACCGGGCCAUCGAGCUGGAGCGGAAUAAUGCAGCUCUGCAGGCUGAGAAGCAGCUGCUCAAGGAACAGCUGCAGCACCUGGAGACCCAGAACGUGACCUUCAGCAGCCAGAUCUUGACACUGCAGAAACAGAGCGCCUUCCUGCAGGAGCACAACACCACACUGCAGACCCAGACCGCCAAGCUGCAGGUGGAGAACUCCACACUGAGCUCCCAGAGCGCCGCGCUCACCGCGCAGUACACGCUGCUGCAGAACCACCACACGGCCAAGGAGACAGAGAACGAAAGCCUGCAGAGGCAGCAGGAGCAGCUUACAGCUGCCUACGAGGCCCUGCUGCAGGACCACGAGCACCUGGGCACGCUGCACGAGCGGCAAUCGGCCGAGUACGAGGCCCUCAUCCGCCAGCACAGCUGCCUCAAGACACUGCAUCGGAAUCUGGAGCUGGAGCACAAGGAGCUCGGGGAGAGGCACGGUGACAUGCUGAAGCGCAAGGCGGAGCUGGAGGAGCGGGAGAAGGUCUUGACCACUGAGCGAGAGGCGCUGCAGCAGGAGCAGAGGACAAACGCCCUCGCCGUGGGCGAGAACCAGAGGCUGCGGGGCGAGCUGGACAGGGUCAAUUUCCUGCACCACCAGCUGAAGGGGGAGUACGAGGAGCUGCACGCCCACACCAAGGAGCUGAAAACCUCACUGAACAACGCACAGCUGGAGCUCAACCGCUGGCAGGCCCGCUUCGACGAGCUGAAGGAGCAGCACCAGACCAUGGACAUCUCGCUGACCAAGCUGGACAACCACUGUGAGCUGCUCUCCCGUCUCAAGGGGAACUUGGAGGAAGAAAAUCAUCACCUCCUGAGCCAGAUCCAGCUGUUGAGCCAGCAGAACCAGAUGCUUCUGGAGCAGAACAUGGAGAACAAGGAGCAGUACCAUGAGGAGCAGAAGCAGUACAUAGACAAAUUAAAUGCCUUACGAAGACAUAAGGAAAAGCUGGAAGAAAAAAUCAUGGAUCAAUACAAGUUCUAUGAUCCUCCUCCAAAGAAGAAGAACCACUGGAUUGGAGCCAAAGCCUUAGUCAAACUCAUCAAACCAAAGAAAGAGGGUUCGAGGGAACGCUUAAAAUCCACCGUGGACAGCCCUCCCUGGCAGCUGGAGUCCUCAGACCCCGCCUCGCCGGCGGCCUCUCAGCCGCUCAGAUCACAGGCCGAGAACCCCGACACCCCCCCACUGGGCUCCAGCUGCGCAGAAGAGCGCGACGCCCACAACGGGUCUGCGGGGAAAGGCCCUGGGGAUCUAAAACCAAAGCGAGGCUCCCCACACAGAGGCAGCCUUGACCGCACAGAUGCCUCCACCGAUCUGGCCAUGAGGUCCUGGCCCUCGGAGCUGGGCUCCCGGACCUGCUCAACUUCAGCCACCACUACAGCCCCUUCCAGCUCCACCCCCAUCGCCCGGCACCCAGGCCGCACCAAAGGCUAUAACUCAGAUGACAACGUCUGUGAGCCAUCCCUGGAGUUUGAGGUCCCCAACCACAGGCAGUACGUGUCGCGGCCAAGUAGCUUAGAGAGCAGUAGAAACACAUCCAGCAACAGCUCACCUCUUAACCUAAAAGGCUCCUCCGAGCAGCUCCAUGGCCGGUCUGAGAGCUUCAGCAGCGAAGACCUGAUCCCCAGCAGGGACCUGGCCACUUUGCCCCGGGAAGCCAGCACACCGGGACGCAACGCCCUCGGCCGCCACGAGUACCCCUUGCCUCGGAACGGGCCUCUCCCACAGGAGGGUGCCCAGAAGAGGGGCACAGCCCCUCCCCACGUCGGAGUGCGGCCCUGCUCGGCCUCCCCCAGCAGUGAGAUGGUCACCUUGGAGGAGUUCCUGGAGGAGAGCAACCGCAGCUCCCCCACCCAUGACACUCCCAGUUGCCGGGAUGACCUGCUGAGUGACUACUUCCGAAAGGCCAGCGAUCCCCCAGCCAUCGGAGGCCAACCAGGACCACCUGCCAAGAAAGAAGGGGCCAAGAUGCCCACCAACUUUGUGGCCCCCACCAUCAAAAUGGCCGCCCCCACCUCGGAGGGGAGGCUGCUGAAGCCCGGGCAGUACGUAAAGCCAAACUUCAGACUGACUGAGGCCGAGGCCCCACCCAGCGUGGCCCCGAGACAGGCCCAGCCUCCCCAGAGCCUGUCUCUGGGCAGACCCCGGCAGGCUCCGGUGCCCCCAGCUUCCCAUGCACCUGCCAGCCGCAGUGCCUCCUUGAGCCGGGCCUUCAGCCUGGCCUCAGCUGACCUUCUCCGGGCCAGCGGGCCAGAGGCCUGCAAACAGGAGUCCCCUCAGAAGCUGGGGGCUCCUGAGGCCUUAGGGGGCAGAGAGACAGGCAGCCACACCCUGCAAAGCCCCGCACCCCCCAGCUCCCACAGCCUGGCCCGGGAGCGGACCCCACUUGUGGGAAAGGCUGGCAGCUCCUGUCAGGGCCCAGGUCCCCGCAGCCGGCCGCUGGACACGAGGCGCUUCUCCCUGGCUCCACCAAAGGAGGAGAGGCUGGCCCCCCUGCAUCAGUCUGCCACAGCCCCCGCCAUUGCCACUGCAGGUGCUGGUGCUGCUGCUGCUGGCAGUGGCAGCAACUCCCAGCUCCCGCACUUCUCACCUGCUGCAGCCCCGGCUGCCAGGACCAAGCCCAAGGCGCCCCCACGCUCAGGGGAGGUGGCCACCAUCACCCCUGUCCGGGCAGGGCUCAGCCUCUCAGAGGGAGACGGGGCCCCGGGGCAGGGCUGCAGUGAGGGGCUCCCGGCCAAGAGCCCAGGUCGGUCUCCCGAUUUGGCUCCCCACCCCGGCCGGGCCCUGGAGGACUGCAGUCGAGGGAGCGUCUCAAAGAGCAGUCCGGCCUCCCCGGAGCCCGGCGGGGAUCCGCAGACCGUGUGGUAUGAGUACGGCUGCGUGUGACUGUCUCGUGGUUGAGCUCGCAAACCUGAAAACUACUGACGCGCCUUCCGACUCUCACAGCCUUUUCUCUUGCUUGCCUGCGGUGCCAGGAGAGGGUUUGGAAUGAGGAAAGGGGUUCCCACGCAUUUCUGCUGUUUGUUCUGUGAAUGGAAACACUGUGCCAAGCCCCAAGAGGAUUACGCUUCCAGGUGUGUAACGUGUUUUCUGUGUCUGCCGCUUCCAGCAGCUGAUAUCUUUGGAACAAAUCCACGUCAGCAUGGGGACCAAUUAGGAUGCAAUGACAAACUGACUUCCCCCAAAGCAGACACUACUCCAGUAUGUCCCAGUAGAACACUCAUUUGCAAUGUGUUGAGCUCCGUUAAGCACACACACACACACACACACAACAGGCUCACGAGGCUCAGGCCUGGCGGGUCAAAAAGCCCACUCCCUCUCCCAAAGGCCACUGGAUCCCAGGAGAAGCCCAGACUGGCGAUACUACAAAGGUCUCCAGGGCCUGGCAGACCCCAGAGUCAGGCCUGCUGUUAAAAAGUGAGAGUGCUGCUGUUCCAUUCCUGGGGUCCCAAGCACUUCCCUUUACCCCAGGACCCAGGGCAGCUGGCGGUGGCCUUGGCCAUUUGCCCCCAGCCUCCAGCUGGCUCCUGAGCUCUGCACCAGGGGGUUUGGGGACCACACAGGCACCUGCCUUCCUAGAUUUCCCUGGCUCACUUUUCUGCAAACACUGGAUCUGCCAGGCCUGGGGAUUGGGGGGCAGGAAAGAGGCCCCCAUCCAGCCCCCUCCAGGCCAGUGUGCACAGUGCACCGAGGGGUCACCCGCACAGAGCGAGGUGCAAGCUCGAUGUGUAACCUGGCUGCGGCACCCGACAUCCCCGGUCUCGGGGUGUUGAUUUAUUUCUGAAUAACUUUUUGGGUAUAGAAACCAAUUUUUUUUUAAUAUAUGACAUGUAUAUGUACACACUCAUGUGAAAUAUGUAUACUUUGGGGGGAUCUAUUUAUGUUCCAGUGGGAGUCACUCUCUUCUGUCGGGAAUCUUAUCUGCUGCUUUGUGUCUUUGGUCAGAUUCCUGACAAUUUAGUUUCCUGUUGUAAAGGUGCUUUUCCUGGGGUGAACUAAACCUAUUGAUUUUUUUUUUAAGAUUUUUUUUCCUUUUGAUUUAAUAUACUGAGAAAGAAAUGGGAGACUUUUGAAUGUUAACAAGAUCCAUUUUAGGAGUGUUUGGGGUUGUGUAUUAAAUAGCCAUUCGUUCUGGAACUCAAGGACAGGAUUGUAAUAAAAUGGAAUGGAACCGAA